AUGGAGUCGCAUAACCUCGCCACGGCCGGACGUGAGACUCCAACCGGGCAGGGGCAAGCUCCGUCAGUCCGAGAUACACGGUUCGUGCGUCUCGACAAGUUCGGAGCCCCCUCCGAUCUCAUUGUUGAAGCCAAACAACUGAAGUCCUCGCUGCAGCCCGGGGAGGUUCAGGUGCGGGUCGAGGCGUGCGGGCUCAACUUCGCCGAUCUGAUGGGAGUCCAAGGCCUGUACCCGCCGCUGCCAAAACCGCCUGUCAUCAUGGGCAUGGAGUGCGCCGGGACGAUUACUGCCGUCGGGGAAGAGGCCAAGAACCGGAAGGUGGGUGAACGUGUGAUCGGGAUGGCUCGCCAUGGCAUGUGGCAGCAGUAUGUGGCCUUGCCUGAAAAUAACGCCCACCUCAUGCCCGACUCAAUGAGCUUCGAGGAGGGCGCCGCCCUGCCCAUCAGCUACUUGACGGCGUAUAUGAUGCUCUUCCGCAUGGCCAACCUCACAUCGGGCAAGAGCGUGCUGAUCCAUAUGGCCGCGGGUGGAGUGGGCAUUGCCGCCACCCAAUUGUGUAAGACAGUACCAGAUGUAACCGUUUUUGGCACGGCAUCUGCCUCCAAGCACCAGCGCAUCUCUGAGAUAGGCGUCACCCACCCCAUCGACUACCGGACCAAAGACUACGUGGAAGAAAUCCGCAAAAUUAGCCCUACAGGAGUAGACAUUGUUCUGGAUCCACUCGGUGGCGCAGACUCAAAAAAGGGCUUCGAUUUGUUAAAGCCUUUCGGCUCACUCAUCACCUUUGGCGCGGCCAACUGCGUGACCGGUCAGACUAAGAGCCUGUGCGCCUUAAUCAAAACGUGGCGCAGCCAGCUAACUACCACCACAUUGAAGCUGAUGCAGACCAACAAGGCGGUGUGCGGCUUCCACCUGAGUUACUCGGACAACCAUCAUAUCACCGCGUGCAUGGCCGAACUACUGCGACUCUACUCCGAGAAAAAAAUCAAACCAUGCAUCGACUCCCGCUACCACUUUGAGGAGGUCACAAAAGCAAUGCAGCGCAUGCACGAGCGUAAAAAUAUCGGGAAGAUCAUUCUUCUCACUGAACCUAAACAGAAGCUACCAGAUGAUAAGGAAAAAUAG